AUGCUCGUGUCCAUGGCCCUCGUUGCUGGCGUGCACCUGCGCUUCGGCGAGGUCGAGGCGGCAGAGUACCCCGUGUGGCAGAAGCCAGACACAUUGCCCGACGCCAAGGCGGACAUGUGGGGGGUGAGCGAGCAGCUGGGGUGGGAGCAGACGGACGACAGUCUCCUGGAUCCGGGACCGCUCGCGGACGGCAGGAUGAAGAUUGGGUUCGAGGCCGACGAACAAGGUACAAGGCUAUACUACACCCAGCUGGACAGCUUUGCGCGCUCGUUGCCUGCCAAACUGCACACACCGCUCCUGACAGCGCUGCACGAUACGCUGCCGCCGUCGCACGCCCGCUUGCUCGCGGCCCCGGAGCAGCCACACCGCCAACUGCCCUCGAUGAUCAGCUACAAGAACAUUUUCCAGACGGACAAAAAGUCGGCGCACAAUGCCGAGACGCAGCUGUGGGAGUCGAUGAACCGCGCCGACGGGUGGACGCUGGAUUUCUACAACGACACCGAAUCCCAGGCGUGGGUCGAGGAGACGUUUGGCGACUCGCAGGUGGUCUGGGCGUGGGACUACCUGCCGCGCGGCGUGCUCAAGGCCGAUUUCCUGCGCUACUUGUUGCCGCUGGUCAAGGGCGGCGUGUACAGCGACACGGACACGCGGCCCGUCCGCCCCAUCGAGCAGUGGGGCAGCCUGAACGUCGAGCUGCUCAACCUGUCGCACACGGACGGGCCAGACUGGGAGUCGGCGCUGAGCACACACCCGGCCGUCAUCGUCGCCGUCGACGUCGACGUUCACGCCCUCCCGCAAGACAACUGGAGCGUCAACUGGCCCCGCGCAUGGGGUAUCUGCCAGUGGACACUGAGCUCGGCGCCGCACCACCCCAUCUUCCUGGACGUCACGCGCCGGAUUGUAAACUCGACGCAUUUCGUGCAAGACUGGGACACCGCGCGGCACGCGCGCGCCGACGCGCUGCGCAGCGACGACCGCCCCGCAGAGGCCGACGCCCUCCUCGCGCGCCCGACCAGCGACGCGCUCAGCGUCGUCGAGUGGACGGGCCCAGCGACGUUUACAGACGCAGUCCUCGCAUACCUCCUCGCGCGGUACGGCGUCUCGUGGCACCGCCUGCGCGGCCUCGACCACCCGAUCCGUAUUGGCGACGUGCUCGUGCUCCCCAUCACGGCGUUCAGUCCCGGCGGCCAGCCCGACUUCAAGGCCGAGGGAAGGGACUCGCCACAGUGUAACGUGGUGCACAACUUCGCUGGCAGCUGGAAGGGCGACGGAGCGUGA